UAACCAACAUGCCUGAGAGGAUUACACUUUACACCGCCAAGAUCUGCCCCUUCGCACAGAGGGCAGAAAUCGCUCUCGCAGAGGCGAAGGCGGAGUUCACCCCUUUCCAGAUCGACCUCUCGAACAAGCCGGAAUGGUACGCCCCUAAGGUGAACCCCGCCAGCAAGGUCCCCGCAAUCGCCUACGGCGGCCCCGAGGUCCCCCCAGACCAGCCCUCGCCCGAGUCCGUCAAGCUCGCCGAGUCGCUCGUGCUCGUCGAGUUCGUCGCCGACCUCUUCCCCAACUCCGGCAUCCUCUCCUCCGACCCCGUCACGCGCGCCCAGACGCGCUUCUUCAUCGAGGGCGUCUCGAGCAAGCUCAUCCCCGCGUGGUACGCGUACUUCCUCCGCGGGGCGUCCGUCGACGACCUCUACACCGCAGCCGAGUACGUGCAGUCGCUCCUGCCCGCGGAGGGCUUCGCGGUGGGCAAGUUCUCGGCCGCGGACAUCGCGAUCGCGCCGUUCCUGGCGCGGGCGCGCGUGUCGCUCGUGAACGAAAUUGGGAAGUACCCGGAGGGCGACGGCAAGAAGGUCUGGGCGGCGCUUACUUCGGGCAAGUUUGCGCGUCUUGGCAAGUACGCGGAGGACCUCUUCGCGCGCGAGAGCUUCUCGUCUACCUUCGAUGAGGAUUAUGUCACGAAGGCGUUCAGCGCGCGUUUCGCGGACCUCCGCAGCAAGUAGAAUGAGAUGCAUUAGUGUCAGCUUUACGAACCUUCAUCGUAACAUAGGGAUAUCUGGAUGUAUAUCAGUGUCAACACAUCGCAAUCAAAGUGUACCGUCA